GACUCUUCUCCUACUUAAUUUUGUGACAAUAUAUAUUAAGGAAUUCAUAUAGGGAGAGAGCAUGGCAAACAUGAGAGCAGGUGAAGAACAAGAGAAGCAGGUUCAGAAAGUAGUAGUAGUAGAAGAAGAGGAGGAGAAUAAGGUGAUGGAUGUGAGCCUCAACUUGCUCUCAUUGAAGCUUAAGGAAUUUGCAAAGGCUAGAGACUGGAAAGAGUACCACACUCCAAGAAAUCUACUGCUUGCUAUGGUUGCUGAAGUUGGGGAGUUGUCAGAGAUAUUCAUGUGGAGAGGAGAAGUGGGAAGGGGAUUACAUGACUGGGAUGAAGCAGAGAAGGAACAUUUAGGAGAAGAGCUUGCUGAUGUUCUAUUGUAUCUCAUUCAGUUAUCUGAUGCUUGUGAGGUUGAUCUUGGUGGUGCUGCUCUCAAUAAGAUUUCAAAGAAUGCUCUCAAAUACCCACCAAAAUAA